CUCAGUAUGGUGACACAUGUCCUGUGGUCAGCAGUUGUCUGGACUCUGAAAGGCCUGUUAUGCUGUUGGAGGUUUUUCUGGAUAAACCCAUACUGUGUCAUAAAAUCUACACCACGGAUACCACAUGAAUCUGAAACUGAAUGUUGCACCCAUGAGCAACACUUUACAGAAUCUGAGAGAAAACACACCUGGGAAAAGUCACAUCACCAUAAGCACAGCGGCGCCUUACACAUGAGACUACUGAAAGCUGAAAAUGAUAUUCAGGACCUGAAAGCUCAGAUUGCCAAUCAAAAAGCAACAUGGGAAAUGCGGUUCAUGGAGCUACAGAAGAGACAGCAUGAUCUAAGGGAUCAGUUAUACUCUGAGAUUGUCAGUAGGACAGGUGCCUUGCACAAAGCAAAUGAUUCAACAGAAAUGAGUGAGAUCUUCAGAGAGUCUGACUUGGAGAAUAGACACAAUUUUGAAGAAAAGAAAUCUGGCUGUUCCAGUGGCCUGAACAAAAUCCACCAAAUGGACAUGAAAAUACUGCACGAUGUGGCUUACUCAAACAGUCUGACCUGCAGCCAGGGCUCCUUUUGCGCUACUGCUGACUCCAGAUCUUCAUCUGCCAUGUCUGUUAGCACAAGAAGUGGCACUCGUCCCCAAAGAGUCUUUGUGCCCCAUUCCCCACUGGACCUGCAAAUUGGCCACAGGGUCAGAGUUUUGCUGCCUACAGGCCGAAUUAGCACUGGAACCUUGCGCUAUCUGGGCCGACCACAUGGCUUAUCUGACUUCCAUUUGGGUGUGGAGCUGGAGCUGGCUGAGAAUGUAAAGCAAACAGGCACCUAUGAGGGACAGUGCUAUUUUGAAUGCAAGCCUGGACAUGGUGCAUUUGUGGCAUUCAGCAAGCUUCUACUGGCCUGGGAGUAGACAUAUCAAUUAGUUCCUUUUCUCUCCUUCUAACUGCUAGUGGCAUUGGGAAGCACCUUUUUGUGAGCACACACAUACAUGCUGAGACAUUUCAACAAAGUUACAAAGUAGAGCAUGAUGCAUUGUUUGUAAUAAAUACUGCUGUCCUACAGCCAUUUACUCUAACUUCUUCUUGCCUUAUUAUACCACAACAUACUGUUUUUGGUUACCUGUCUUAUUUAAUGAUCCAUGUUGCAAGCUGUGCACUUUCAGUGCCAGUGUUUGAACCCAGUGUCGAGUUUGACUUAAAUGCCAUAGUCUAACAGCUUGCCAAUGCUCCCAUGUCCACAAUGAGUAUUAAGAAUAGUAAGAAAGUGAAAGCAGCCUGAGAUGCUUUCUAAGUGUAUAGGCAACAAGGUGGUAGAUGUGUCUCAACUUAAAUCAUACUGGAAACGAGAACGGAAGCACACGUCCCUUAAAAGAGCCCUCCAUAA